AUGAAGAGUGAAGAGUACAGCGAAGAGGUGCAAAGAAAAAACUGGGAAGAGAUCAGGGUUAAUACGAGGAAAGUGCUGAAAAACCUGGGUAAAGAGCCUCUACUAGUUUCAUAUGCCAAUAUUUUUGAAGCUAACAUAGUGAUAGGUGAACCUAUUCUAGCCACAGAAAUCUAUGAAAGUAUGAGCAUCAGUAAUAUUAAAGAUCUCUCACCACUUUUAAAGCUGCUAGAUGUAGAUUUACCAGAUGUUGCUAAGGAAGUCACAAGACAAAUCAUCAUUUCAUUUAUAGAUGACAUUAAAAAUCAGCGAGAAAAGCAGUGUCUCCUUUACACAACUGCUUUAUCAUCCUUCCUCUCAUAUGGUAUCAUUCAUGAGCUUAUUAUUCUACAGCUUGUACAUGUCCUGCUUUCAGAGAAAACUAGUACGCAUAAAGAGUUCAAUAUAAAUGUGCUUAUUAAUCUUCUCCUUAAAUCAGGCAAGGCAUUGCAGAGGGUAAGUAAAAUACCGCAUGACUCAAUAUUUGAGGACUUGAGAUCAAUGUUGCAGAGCGGCCAAGUGCCCGUCAGCUUAACAGCAAAACUAGAAAUCCUUUUCGAUUUAAGAAGGAAGAACUACAAGAUGUACGACGAGGAGGCUUUAGUUGAUCUACCACCCUUUGUUCCUGGAGAAUCAGAUAAUGAAGUCGUCUUUUUGCUGGACGAUGAUUCCUUGAAAUCGCCUAUAUUAAAUGAUUCAUUUCGUCAAGUCGAGAACUAUGAGACGUUGCAGAAACAAUUUAUUUUGCUCAAGGAAAAGGUUCAGACCAGACUCUCUUCUCUAUCUGUCCCUCAAAGCUCUCAAAGUGUAACAGUUGUACAUGAUAUGACACAAGCUAAGGACGUAGAGUUCAAGAAAAAGAUCUACCUAAUUAUGAAGAGCUCUUUAUCUGGUGAUGAAGCUGCCCAUAAAAUAUUGAAGUUGCGUAUACCUGAUGAUGAGAAACAUAAAAUUGUCGAUAUACUCGUGAACUCAGAAUUACAAGAACGGACAUUUUCAAAAUUUUAUGCUAUCUUGGCUGAGAGAUUGUGCUCAAAUCAUCGCUCAUGGGCCUCUGCUUUUGAAGUAAUAUUCGCUAAAUUUUAUCUUGAAAUGAUUGAUACCAUUGAGCCAGCAAAAUUAAGAAUUAUGGGAAAAUUUUGGGCAUCUCUUUUGAGUGCUGAUUUUUUGGGGUUGGAAAUUUUAAAAAUUAUCAAACUGACUGAAAAUGAAACAACACCACCAAUUAGAAUUUUUAUCAAAUUUUUAUUCCAGGAGCUGGUGUUGAAGUUAGGAUUGAAGGAACUCAAAGAUAGAAUAAAUGAACCCUUUGUUAAACCUUCGUUACUUGGCCUUUUCCCAGAGGAGGAUCUUGAAAAUAUGAGAUAUGCUAUCAAUUUCUUCACUGCAAUUAACCUCGGUGUAUUGACAGACGAUAUGAGAAAGAAAUUGACUAUCAUUGAGUUAGAUCAGGAAGUUAGCCAACAAGCUACUGAAGAAGAACUCCCCGAGGAAACUGAAAGUCCAGCGAAGAUUCAAGAGCAAGAAGUUAGAAACGAAAGGCCGUCCAGAUAUGGGCCCCACAGGACAUCCCCACGUCCUGGCCGUAGAAGAUCGAUUACUCCUCCCAGAAGAAGGAACCAUGCAAGAAAUCGUGCGAGAACACCUCCUAGGCAGGGAAACGCUAAAAGAAGUAGAUACAAGAACUAG